CUCUUCGUUCUCACAAUGCGAGACACGCACAAGCUGCUCACCGAGUACUACGCCUACGACGACCGCGUCAACCAGGAGAUCCUGGAGCAAAAACAGGUCCAGUUUCCAGCUAUCACUGUGUGCAACAUGAAUCCGUGGAGGAAGUCGGUGCUGUGCAGUGAGGAAAGCUUCCAGGGAAAGAUUGAGAAGGCGCUGCAAGCCAAGCUCUGCUCGAUGCCCAACAGGAACGUGACUCUGACCGAUGAGGACAUCGCCCUGUCCAACCGGCUCAAGCAGUGGAUUUCGGAGGAGCAACGCCGAAAUUUGAGCCGCGCCGAGAAAUUGGGCCACCAGCUGGAGGACAUGAUUCAGGUGUGCCGCGUCCACGAAGGGGACUGUCUCAGCACCAAGAUCCUAGAGAUACGAAUGGUUCCCCGUUAUGGCAACUGCUACUGCCUCGGCUGCAACAGCAGUCGUUUCAGCUGGCAGGCAAUGCAGAUGUCGGAUCCCGAAAAUGGUCUGCGCAUGUCCCUGAACAUGGAACCGGAGGAGUUCCUUCCUCUUACUGUGGACGCUGGCUUCUACAUCAUGGUCCACCAAGCCGGGGCCCAGGAGGAGGUCUUUGACAAUGCUGUGUACGCUCCGCCUGGCGCCACAACUUACAUCGGAGUGUCGAAGACCAUUUCCAAAAAUCUCAAGGAACCGUACAAGAAUCCCUGCCAGGAUCAUUGGCCCCCGGAGCUGGAAAAAUAUGUUGUCAAAGGCAUAGUGUACACAAAGCGGGCCUGCGACGAGUACUGCUACCAAGUGCACAUAUUCGAGAAAUGCGGAUGCCGCUCCUUCAACCAUAUCAGGGUGUUCGCUCCGCAACUUAUGGAGUCACCGGUAUGUGUGGACAUCCUUAGAGGGGACUGCGAAAGAUCUGUCGAAGCGAAAAUAGACCGGAAAAUAAUCACGUGCAAAUGUCUGACGGCUUGCGAGUGGUUGUACGAUCGCGAUGAACGCUUCACCUUCCGCAGGAUUCACGUGAGGGUGGUGGUUUUCAUGAGAAGCACGAAGGUCCUCUACAAGAGUAAGGAGCCGAAGUUAACGCUAUCCAACCUGUUCCGCAACAUCGGUGGCCUGAUGGGCGUCUACCUGGGCUACUCGUCGCUGCAGAUCUUCCACGUGCUCGACGUGCUCGUAGACGGUGCCUACUCGUCGCUCUCGGGCGUCUGGAGCCGCCACAAGAGGAACCGCCAACGCAAACGUGGCCAGGCCCCGAUGCGCCGUCGUGACUACCCGCUGUCCGAAGAGAUUCGGUACCCCGUCAUUGCGCAGCCUACCAUGGCCUACGCUCUGUGA